AUGUUAGCAAUAAAUUCUCAUGUAAUAUCUGAUAAGAAUAUUAAUUAUGAUAAAGUUAAUGUAACAGAAAAAACAGAAUAUCAGAAAUCGCUCAACAGAACACAAAGAGCAAUCGUUGUGUUAAAUAAAACAAAACUAUGGAAAGGAGGUAUUAUUCCGUAUCAUUUUUAUCCAGUUGUUACUGGACCACAGCGAAGAAUCAUUAAAAAAGCAAUGAGAAAAUGGGAAAAUAGAACAUGUAUUCAAUUUGUUUUACGAAAUAAAGAAAUCCAUGCGGAUUACCUGCGAUUUACGCAAUUCGAUGAAUGCCCGUGUUGUUAUGUUGAACAAAAGUAUGCAAAUACAACUAAGUUUAUAGGUUUACAUAAUCAUUGCUAUAAACAACAAAUCGUUCUUCAUGAAUUAGGACACGCUAUUGGUUUUUUACACGAACAUAAUCAUCCGGAUCGUGAUAAAUAUAUUGAAAUAAAGUAUUUUAAUGUUGAUGCAGAUCAAUUCGACCAAUAUAAUAAAUAUUCGACUGAUGAAGUUGACACUUUGAGUCUACCAUAUGACUAUCGUUCAAUUAUGCACUAUGCUUAUAAUUUAAGUUCAACUGAUCCGAAAUCGAGAACGAUAGUACCUAUACCAAACGACCAAAAUGAAAACUCACUGGUGGCAAAUGAUAAUUUAGGAAUUAGCAAUGGAGACAUAGCAGCUACAAAUCUUCUAUAUGAAUGUUCCAGUUGUGGAGAAACAUUAUAUGAGCCUAGUGGUGCAUUUGAACAACCAAUUAAUAACAAUAACUUUACAUCGAAUGAUGUCGAAAGGUGUGAAUGGAGAAUUAGAGCAGCUGAAGGCGAACGAAUAAAACUUGAAAUCACGUCAUUGAAGAUUUAUCAGACUUACAAUUGUUUAUUCGAUUACCUGGAAAUUCGUAACGGGAAUUCGCCAAAUAGUCCUAUUUUAGGUACUAAUAUUGUAUACGAUAUUUAUAUAUCCAUUAAAAGUUGA